AUGGGCAAGAAACAGAGAGUUUCAACACCUAAGCAAACAUUUGUUCAAAUGCCGGCAUAUGAUAAUACUGAAAAUUUGGGGUUGGGGGAAGCAGUCCCUCCCAGGUUAGAGAACUUCAAAAAGGUUUCGGUUAUACCUCUUGUUUUCCUUGUCUUUUACGGGGUCUCUGGGGGGCCUUUUGGUGUGGAAGACAGUGUGCAGGCUGCUGGUCCUCUUUUAGCUCUUCUCGGGUUUCUGCUUUUUCCAUUUAUAUGGAGUGUUCCUGAAGCCUUAAUAACCGCAGAAUUGGGUACUAUGUUUCCUGAGAAUGGGGGUUAUGUGGUUUGGGUUUCUUCAGCUUUGGGUCCUUACUGGGGAUUUCAGCAAGGUUGGAUGAAAUGGCUCAGUGGGGUAAUAGAUAAUGCACUAUACCCAAUCCUGUUUCUGGACUAUUUGAAGUUCUCUGUUCCAUAUUUAGCAGGUGGUUUCCCUAGGAUGAUAGCAGUGCUUGUUCUCACUCUAGCACUCACUUAUAUGAACUACAGGGGUUUGACCAUAGUGGGAUGGAUCGCUGUAGUGCUAGGAGUGUUCUCCAUCCUUCCUUUUGUUGUUAUGGGAUUUGUUGCAAUUCCUAAACUGAAGCUUUCAAGAUGGUUUGUUGUAGACUUGCGCAACGUGGAUUGGGCUUUAUACUUGAAUUCUCUAUUCUGGAAUUUGAACUAUUGGGACUCGAUCAGUACUCUAGCAGGAGAAGUGGAAAAUCCUGCUAGAACACUCCCCAGAGCUCUCUUCUAUGCUCUGAUUUUGGUUGUGCUGGGGUAUUUUUUUCCUCUUCUGAUUGGAACAGGAGCUAUUCCACUUAAUCGUGAACUGUGGAGUGAUGGUUUUUUCGCAGAUAUAGCUAAACUUCUUGGAGGGCUAUGGUUGCAAUUGUGGGUUCUGGGGGCUUCUGCUUUGUCAAAUAUGGGCAUGUUUGUGGCUGAGAUGAGCAGUGACUCCUUUCAACUUCUGGGAAUGGCAGAGCAUGGGAUGCUUCCCGAGUGUUUUGCCAAGAGGUCUCGUUACGGGACCCCUCUUACUGGGAUUUUAUUCUCUGCAUCAGGCGUGGUUUUGCUCUCAUGGCUGAGCUUUCAAGAGAUUAUAGCAGCAGAGAAUUUUUUAUACUGCUUUGGAAUGAUUAUGGAGUUCAUUGCCUUUGUGAAGUUAAGGAUGAAAUACCCUGCAGUAUAUCGGCCUUAUAGGAUACCAGUAGGUACAACUGGAGCAAUAUUAAUGUGUAUUCCUCCAUCUCUAUUGAUUUUUGCGGUUUUGGCCCUUGCUUCCUUCAAAAUCAUGGCUCUUAGUCUCUUGGCUGUCAUGGUUGGGUUUGUCAUGCAGCCUUGUCUCAAAUACAGUGAGAAAAAAAGGUGGCUUAGGUUUUCUGUUAGUUCUGACCUCCGAGAUCUCCAUCCUGAUUGUCCCAAGGGUACUGAACCUUGAAUUAAAGUUGAAAAUGUAAUUUUGUAGUAGUAGCCUUCCAUCUUUUAUAUCUAACUCUACCUAGACCCCUCAGUGGCGGGAAUCUCGUGCUUUUUUAUCUCAAAAUGUUUAAUCCUAAUAUUUAAUCACUUAGAAAAGUCAGAGUGCUUGGGCAAAUAGGUAUUUU